AUUUGGGGUGGUGGCACCUCUUUCCAAGAAAUCUCUCUCACAUACACACACGGAGGAUUCCUGCAUCCGCCUAUUACUAUGAGCUGCCACCGAGGAUUUGAUACUGCUGCACUGGGGCUCAUGCCAGCGACUUGGCUGCCAGGUGCAGCUUUCCAACUCUCAGACAGCCCCCCUUCACAGGCCCCCACUGCACCUGCUCCUGAAUGAGGCCAACUCCCAGCCAAGCCCAGGGCACGCCGGCUACACUAAGCUUUGGAUUUUUUUUUCUUGCCUUCCUCGUAGAUGCUUGGAGGGGAAACAGAACUGUGCAUCUUGGAACAAGUCUGCUUCUGCUAAUGCAAAUGUAGUCUUGGUUAAUGCAGACAGACUGUCAACUUCAGCAGUCAGGAGGAGAAGGAGGAAGCAGGGAUAAUUCCCCAUCUCAGAAACCAAUGAAGAAUUUCAAUAGAAGGCUUCGACUUCGGAAAUAAGAUCUUUCUGAGCAAACGGAGGCUUUCCAUCUUCCCAGGCAUCUGUGUGGUCCUCAUGCUCUGCAGAGAGAAGUCUGCUCUGUGGGUUAGUGAAAACAGGAACCUGCCCUCCUGCCAGCCCCGCGCCUCUGCCUUCCUUGUUUCAGCAGAGGAAGUGUUCAGCCCUUCAGCAACCACAACUCUGGAGCUCGCUUGAUAACAUGGGCUACGCUGGUGCUCCCUUUCAAGCCGGUGUGGCCCACUCAGCCUGGAGCAGCAGCAGCUGAUGGAGAGCUGGUGACCCCACGCCUGGUGGCCCUCUGCUGCCAACUCCCGGGAGAGGCCAUGCUCCUCGUCUGAAGGCUUCCAGUACCUUCCACAGCCCCAGGAGAGAAAGAGAUGGGAAACAGCAUGAAAUCUGCACCUCCACCUUUGGAGAGACCAUUACCCAACCCUGAUGGACUUGAGAGCGACUUCCUGGCUGUGCUGAAUGACUACCCAUCUCCUGACAUCAGCCCCCCAAUAUUCCGGAGAGGAGAGAAACUGCGUGUGAUUUCUGACGAAGGGGGCUGGUGGAAGGCCAUUUCUCUCAGCACUGGCCGGAAAAGUUACAUUCCAGGAAUGUGCGUGGCCAGAGUGUACCAUGGCUGGCUGUUUGAAGGACUGGGCAGGGACAAGGCCGAGGAGCUCCUGCAAUUGCCAGACACAAAGAUUGGUUCCUUCAUGAUCCGAGAGAGUGAAACAAAGAAAGGUUUCUACUCACUGUCGGUGAGACACAGACAGGUGAAGCAUUACCGUAUCUUCCGCCUGCCCAACAACUGGUACUACAUCUCACCAAGGCUCACCUUCCAGUGCCUAGAGGACCUGGUGACUCAUUAUUCUGAGGUGGCUGAUGGUCUAUGCUGUGUGCUCACCACACCCUGUCUGGCACAGAACACACCUGCUUCAGCGGCUCACCUAUCACCUUGCACCACCGCUGGUUCACCCGUCACCUUGCGCCAGAAGACCUUUGACUGGAAGAGGGCAUCCAGAUUGCAGGGAGAUCCAGAGGGGGCAGAGAACCCACUCAGGGUGGAUGAAUCCCUUUUCAGCUAUGGUCUCCGGGAAAGCAUUGCGUCUUACCUGUCCUUGACAGGGGAUGACACCAGCUCCUUCGACCGGAAGAAGAAGAGUCUCUCCCUAAUCUACAAUGGCAGCAAACGCAAGAGCUCCUUCUUUUCAGAGCCCCAGUACUUUGAAGAUUAAUGCCCUGGCUGGUACACAAAAGACAUGUUUUGGUGGCCACCUGGGGUCUAGUGGAAGCCGGAGUUCUCUCCUCCUGGUCAUCUUGUGUCUUCAAGGAACCAAGAGAAGUCACAUGGAGACUGCCUUUACAUAGAGAUCAGAGGAACUUCUCCUUGGUGUCUGAUCAGUAUUGUAGAGCUUCAUCAUGUUUGAAUCAUGAUGUAAUGGGGCAGUACUUCAAAGAGCUGUGUGUUAUGAGUGUGUGUGUAGGACAGAACACUCCUAAAAGAGAGUGUAUGGAGACUGACUCCAGCUCACAGUCCAAAUGGCCCUUCUCUGAGACCCUGUGGAUAACAUCCAUCUGAGAAAGACAGCUUCUUAGGUCUGCAGAAUGACUCUACCUGGAGCAGAGCAACCUUUAAAGGCCCAGUGAGACCUAUGAGCUAUGUCUCCUCUCUUCCUAAAGGACCUGUGACAUUAAACACUACCCAAAAGGACUUACAGCUCUGAUCCAAGUGGCACCUUCUGCACUCAGGUGCUUCAAAGCCACAUGGACAGCAGUAGAUGGCUAUGCUAAGUUGUGGGAGAGUGUUGGUCAGUGGAAGGGCAAUCAGGAGAGGCAGGAGGCAGCUCUACUGUGCAAACUUCUGAGAUAGACAGUCUUGCCUCCUCACAGAAAAGGCAUUCUCCAGCUCCUGGGGUCCUGUGUUAUUCUAGAACCCCCAUUUCUCAUGCCUAUUGGCAAAGGCCGCUGUGCUGAGGUCGAAUGAGAACAAAAGAAGCAUGAAUAGCAUCCCUUAAUGCUGGGCUUCCAGCAGGGUCGGAGAGACAAGCAGAUCAGCAGAAUAUAACAGUGGAUGUGAAACAGGACGAAGUCUCACAGCUACAAUGGACUGGAGACAAGUGAGGGUACCCAAGGGAUCUUGUUCCCAUGGAUCUGUCAGGAAUGCAAAGGCUGUUGGACUAAGUAGACUAGUACGGUUAGAUUUUUUUUUUAAGGGGAGUGAUGGGCUUUAAAGAAUUAAUUUAUCCUGUACAUUUCACUCUGAGAAGGGUAGCAUCUGCAUGUAAUAAGAAUGUCCCUUUCUGGAAAAGGGGGGGAGGGGCUGGAGAAGCUGAAUGCUGCCAUAUGUGAUUGUGAGUGGUGAGAGAAAACUCACAAGGCAUUCAGAAAAGAGAAGCCUCCAGCCAGUCUCAUGGCUACAUGUUGCUGGGGUGGGAGGCAGGAUUGCCAUGGCUCAUUCCUCCCUGUUCAUCAAAGGGAUUCUCAGUAAGAGAAGAACAGGUGGGCUUUGUCACCCAUCCUGUGCAGUCCAUAUAUCUGGGCUCAUUCUGCAAAUGGCAAAAGCAUAUUCAUUGGCAUGACUUCAUUUAUUGUCAUGUCCAGUGUGUUACAUCAAGAGACAUGCAUGGUCUCCCAGGUCUCUCCCAAAGGCCAUUUCAAAGAGACUGGCCAGAGUGUGAGAAAAAAAAUGCCACACCUGGUCAGUGACUUCUGCUAUGAGGCCAUGAUCUCUGGCUCCUGAUAUGUCUGCUAUCUUCUGUGCUGUUUUCUGUUGUGGUCAAUGUGAUCAGAACUUUGGGUAGCACUUGGGGGUAUUUCUAAGUGGGAAGCAUUACACUUUGCCCAAUCAUGUAUUUAUUCCUGAUUAAAGUAAAGCAUACUUAUUUAA